AUGCGACAUGUGGACGGGGGCAAGCCUUCAGCUGGUGCCAAGACAUCCGUAAAAUUGAAGCCAGGAACGGCCGCCAAAUCCGUGCGUGCUUUCGGAGCAACUGAGGGAAAGCCGCUGAUCGAGCCCAGCGUGCCCGCGGCCUCCCGCGCAGCACCGCCGCUGAGGACGACACGCUGCGGAAUUCGGAUCGAGCCCAUGGAGGAGGAGGGUGCAGUCGGCGAAUCGGAGGAGGAGGAGGAGGGCGCAGUCGUCGACGUUGGCGUGUCUGACUCAGAGGAGGAGUUGGAGGUGCUCCAGCAACCUAACCUGAUCCAGAAGCUCGCCGACGUUGUCAGCACCAUCACUGUCGCCGUCCUGGUUUUGAACGUGGCAGCUAGGCUCUAG